AUGGCCGCUCCUCCGCCUCCGCCGCAAUGGCAACCCCAGCAGGAGGGGGUUCAGCAGAUCCUCCAGCUGCUGACCGAGUACCGCAUGCCCGGCGUCGACCAGCAGCAGAUGUACCAGCGCCUGCAGCAGUGCGCGAAGAUCCCGGACUUUAACAACUACCUGGCGUUCAUCCUGACCCAGGGCGAGGGCACGCAGGACGAGAUCCGGCAGACCGCGGGCCUCCUGCUGAAGAACAACCUCAAGACGGGCUGGCAGAGCACCGAGCCCGCGCACCAGGCGUACAUCCAGCGCGCGCUCCUCCCGGCCCUCGGGCACCCCAACAGGUUCCUCAGGCACACCGUCGGGACCGCGCUGUCCAUGAUCACGCGCGCGGUGGGACCCCGGGGAUGGCCCGGAUUGUACACGACGCUGGCGCAGAUCCUCGAGCAACCCCCGGACGCUAACCACGUCGACGGCGCCCUCGACUGCGUCUACAAGGCGUGCGAGGAGCUCAACGGCAGGCUCGACGAGCAGGUCCAGGGCAUGCCGGAGGGGUCCGCCGCGGGUUUGCUCAUCUCCCGGCUGCUUCCGCUGAUGGCCAACCCGGAUGUCGGCAUCCGCAGAACCGCGCUGGGUUCGGUCAACCUGAUGGUCCCGUCGUGGCCCAACACCCACGCCGCGGCGAUGGACACCUACCUGCAGGGCCUGUUCCAGCUCGCCAACGACGGCGAUAACGGCGUUCGCAAGCACGUGUGCAGCGGCAUCGUCUCCCUGCUGUACCGCGCCCCCGAGAAGCUUGUGCCGAACAUCAGGGACGUCAUCACGUACAUGAUCGAGAUGACAAACUUUGGCGACGAGGACGUCGCGCUCGAGUCGUGCGAGUUUUGGGCCGCAUUCUGCGAGGCGGACCUGGACCGCGACACCGUGGAGGUGCUCCGCGAGUUCACCCCGAAGCUCAUACCCAUGCUCCUGACCAACAUGGCGUACGCUGAAGACGACGAGGAGGUGCUCAACGCCGAGGACGACGAGGCCAACGCGGGGCGAGCCGACCGCGACCAGGAUAUCAAACCGUCGUUCAGGGGUCAGAAGGAUAAGGGCAGCGGCCUGGGCGAGGGUGCCGGCGGCGAGCAGGGCCGCGACGGCGGCGACGACGACGAGUACUACGACGACGACGACGACGAGGCUGCGCAGUGGAACCUUCGCAAGAGCAGCGCCAACGGCUUGGACGUCAUGUCCAACCUCUUCGGCGACGAUCUCCUUCCGAUGAUCCUCCCCGUCGUGGAGCAGAGGCUGCGGGACGCCAACUGGCGCCUUCGCGAGUCCGCGAUCCUCGCCCUCGGCGCCGUCGCCGAGGGUUGCAGCGGGGGUUUAGCGCAAUACGUGCCGCAGCUCAUCGAGUUUCUCGUGCCGAGCCUCGACGACGCGAGGCCGAUGGUUCGUUCCAUCGCGUGUUGGACCCUGAGCCGGUUCAGCCGGUGGGUGGUGCAGAUGACGUUCGCGCCCCACCCCGGUGACCCGGCCCCGCCCACCGCGGAGCAGGGCAAGGGGUUCGUGAACAGCAUCCUCGGCGGGCUCUUGAGGCGGGUUGUGGACCACAACAAGCACGUGCAAGCCGCGGCGUGCGGAGCGCUGGCGACGUUUACGCAGGAGAUUGGCGAGGACGUGGCGCCGUGGCUGGGCCCCACGGUGCAGGCUUUGGCGCAGGCGAUCGCCACGUACCAGCGCAAGAACAUGCGAAGCGUCUACGACGCUGUGGCGACGCUGUGCGAGUCUGCUGGGGAGUGCGUGCGCACGGCGGACGUCGCCAGGGCGCUGCUUCCGCCGCUGCUGCAAAAGUGGGAAACCGGGGGCGACGCGCAGCCGGAUCUGUACAACCUCCUCGAGUGCGUCACGAGCGUCGUCAUGGGCGUGGGAUUGGGCGCGCAGGAGUACGCGGCGCCCAUGUUCGCCAGGGCGCUUCAACUCGCCAGGCACCAGCUCGCGCUGAGGGAGCAGGCCAAGGCGAACCCCGACUCGGACGUUCCCUACGAACCAGACCACGUCGUCGCCGCGCUCGACCUCCUCUCCGGCGUCGCCGACGGCUUGGGCGCCGCGUGCGAGGCGCUCAUCGCCGCCAACGCCCCAGCGCUGAGGGAGGUGAUCGUCGCGAGCGUGAGCGACCCGUACUCGCCGGGGAUCCGACGCAGCGCCUUUGCGCUCGUGGGGGACGUGGCCAAAUCGGGAGCCGGGUCGCACGUCGCGCCGUCGCUGCCGCAGAUUUUCGAGUGCGCCGCCGCAAACCUCCAGCCGAAGAUGGUCCAGGCGUACAACAUGAGCGUGUGCAACAACGCGUGCUGGUCCGCUGGCGAGAUUGCGCUCGCGUUUCCGCCGGAGACUGUGGCGCCGUACGUCCCGGCGCUCUGCGGCGCCUUUGUCCAGGUGCUCAACAUGACGAUGAUCAACAGGUCGCUCGGGGAAAACGCGGCCAUCGCGCUCGGGAGGUUCGCCGCGAGGUGCCCCGAGCAGCUCGCGAGCGGCUUUGGGGAGCUGUGCGGGCCGUGGUGCGGUGCGCUUCGCAGGCUGAGGGACGGUCAGGAGAAGGAGCAGGCGUUCGCGGGGUUGGUCCGGCUGGUGCAGCUGAACCCGCAGGGCGCGGUUGGGGACCAGAUGGUGAGCAUGAUGAACGCGAUUGCGUCGUGGCAGUUUGUGCGGGACCAGACGCUGCACGCGAAUCUGCUGCAGCUGAUGCAGGG